AUGGGUUGCUGUUUCUCUUGCAGAUCAUCAGCUGAGCUCAACAGCAUUAGAGUAGUUCAUCUGAAUGGUUAUGUAGAGGAUUUUGAAUCUCCUGUUACAGUUAGCCAAAUCACAGGCAAAUCCUCUGAACAUUUCAUAUGCACAGCACUUCAGCUUCUAACAACAGGGACCAAGCCACUAGACCCACAAACUCAACUUCAACCAGGCCAAAUCUACUACUUAUUCCCAUACUCAACCUUAACAGCUGAAGCUUCUCCUAUGGACUUUGCUGCUAUUGUAAAGAGACUCAAUUCAAUAGCAAAAUCAAGCAGCUGUCAAGCUAAUAACAAGUCUUCAAGAACCAUGCCAAUCUUGAAUUCUCCUGCUACUAGUCCUAACAGAUUCAUGGACCCACAGGCUGCAAAUUGGAUCAGAAAAUCUAAUGGUGGUAGGACUUGGAAGCCAAUCCUUGAUACUAUUAGAGAGAAAUCAUUCAAUCGAAGGAGCGAAUCGGAAGUUUUACAACAAGAAAUGCAGUUAGAGAACUCUGAAUUGAAGUAG